UUCCCCCCCCUUCCCGCCGCCGCCAUGGCGGCCUUGCCUCGCCACCGCCGCUUCCUCGGCGGCUUCGUCUGUGGGGCUGCGGCCGGGGCUGCUGCGUCCUGCUGGGCUACAUGGCGGCUCCUCCGCAGCCAGAGCCAGCCGGAGCCGGGCCCCGGGCGGGUCCCAGCACAGGAACCAAUAGAAGAGGCUGUGUUGGAAAGAUAUGGAUUUCCUGAGGCUGGAACAGAGACCAGAUGUUACACAAAUCAUGCACUGUCUUAUGACCAGGCAAAACGGGUGCCUAGAUGGGUGAUUGAACACAUUUCAAAACAAAAGAUGCUGGGUGAUGCGGAUCGAAGGCACUGUAAAUUCAGACCAGACCCUAACAUCCCUCUGAUGUUCAGUGCUGUCAAUGAAGACUACCUUGGCAGUGGAUGGUCACGAGGACACAUGGCACCAGCAGGAGAUAACAAAUUUUCAACAAGAGCUAUGGCUGAAACGUUUUAUUUGUCUAACAUUGUUCCUCAGAAUUAUGAAAAUAAUGCUGGGUUUUGGAACAGAAUGGAAAUGUACUGUCGGGAAUUGACUGAGAGAUUUGAAGAUGUUUGGGUUGUUUCUGGACCUCUUACCUUGCCUCAAACAGAUGGUGAUGGAAAGAAGAGUGUUACUUAUCAGGUGAUUGGAAAGGAUGAUGUGGCUGUACCAUCCCACCUGUACAAGGUGAUCCUGGCCAGGAGGAGCAGAACGUCCUCAGAGCCCCUGGUGCUGGGGGCUUUCGUGGUGCCAAACGAUCCCAUAGGCUUCAGCCACCAGCUCACUGACUUCCAAGUCAGCAUUGAAGACCUGGAAAAAAUGUCAGGUUUAGUUUUCUUUCCCCAGGUGGACAAGACCAAAGAUGUUAAAAAUAUCUGUGAGGUGGACACCUGCAAACUGAUGGGCUUCAAGGAGUUUACUCUGUACAUCACUGCCCGCAAAGUGCAGAGCGCCCGGACGCUGCGCCGGCUGGAGAAAGCCAUGGCAGAGCUACAGGAGGCAGGAAUUGAGCCUGAUGAGUAUCUCCUGAAGCUUUACAAGAAGAAGGAGGAAGAACUGCUGCAGGAAAAACCAAUAGCAGCUAGAGAGGGGAGAGCUGGCUGAGUAUUCAGAAAGUUGUUUGGGUUUCUGGAAAGGGGAACUGAAGGCAGAUGCGAAGACGAGGGCUUCUUGAAUCAUCCUUUUUUGAGUUGUGAGAACAAUAAAGAAAUAUUUGGAAGCUAA